UUGGUGUCGGAAUUUCCUGAACGGGGUAUCAAAUGUCGCAUCAUCUUUCUUGAGAUCCUUGGUAACAAGCUAAGUUGGGACAUCACUUGUCAAGAAACUGUAUGGACAUAAAGCUUUUGAUGAAAAGGCAAACACGGUUGGUUGUUUCGGCUUAUUUUAAAUCGCGUGAGGUGAUUAAUUGCCGUGACUUUGUAAACCUUUCUUGUGUACACAGUCGCACUCUUUUGUGCGCUGUAUUGCUAACUGAAAUCUGAGUAAAAUGGUUUCUUGAACAGGUAUACACACUGUAGCCAAGGAAAACUACUUAAAGUUGUAGAGUGGUUUUAAAGCGUGUACGCGUUGGGUCAGUCCUUUUUAUCGACAUCUUUUAUUCCAAAGACUGGAAUUGAUGAUAGUAAAGUUAGCAUAAAGAACUUCAAUUUUUCGCAGACACAGAAAUGACAUUUUUGGGAGCUCCUCGCAGCAAAGACACGCGAGAAGAGGUCGACUCUUCAGAAAGCGUGACAACAAGUGAUCGUAUUUGGCGCGAGGUGGAGUUUGAGAGCGAUGUUGAACAUAGAGAAAUGACUCAGACGUAUGCUAGUGAUGACUACCUCUCACGAUGGCUGCCUAACAUAAAACAAGCUGGAGAACCUGGUGUGUCACGGAAGGAAAUAGCUGAGAAAAGACAAGAAAAAGAUCAUUCAAAUGUGUUAUAUAAAUCACCUUGCCGCUAUCAUGAGGGAAGAAAAUUGACUCCAAACGAUAAGAAAGAAAACGACCCAUCAAAAAAGACGUACUUCGAAGCAAUCAAGUGUUCUCCGAUGAAACUGCGCCAAUCCAUAGCCACUUUUAAACGUCCCAAAUUAGACGAGAAUUUCAACGUAUUAAAACCAAAGCAAAACCUUGCACUGCAUCCUCGACCACCAGGCAUGCCAGGACCAUCGGUACAUGCCGAAACAGACUCGUCGACGUCCAUGGAACCAAUGGAAUUACUGAAUGAGAAGUCUUCAAUAUUAGAGAAAGCUGCAUUAGCAGGAAAAUCUUCGGUUAAAACGAUGCAUAGCAAAACAGCAAAGGCUAAAACUAGUCUGGGUAUAGUGGAAAUGCGUGGUGAUAAUGAUACGGGACAGCUAGGUAGUCUUUGCUUUCGCAAGGGCUUAAACAAUUCUAGUGAGAAUGUGUUGUCUCCUGGAAGCACAAUGGUUGGUGGAAAGUUACGUCGAGUUCACAGAGGAGAGGAUGGUGCGUUACUAACUGGUCGGAAUAAGAGCAAAGAGCUGUUGGUGCGUUGCGAGAGUAUUAUGAUUUAUCCUAAGGUUUUAAUAAACCAGAAACAACAAUCUGAGAAGAUCAGGCUGAACACGAACAUCAAAGAACAGGUCGAGGAGAAUACUGCUGGAGUUACCCGCAAUCAGGUGGAGAAGUCCACUACAAAACCCGAGAAACCAAGGGAGGCAUGGAAAGACAGCAAUCACGUAUCACUGUCUAAGAAUUCUGAAAACUACACAAGACUGCCUCAGCUGACAGUCAAAGAAUAUUGUAAACCAGAAGGGCAGCACCGAAAGACGUCACUGGAGGAAGCUCUGGGUCCCCAGAAGGGGGCACCAGAUGAUGAUAUCAUAACUGUCAUUCAAACCAGUAAACGACAACCAUUUGUCGAAUCAAAAGUUUUUCAAUACUCGACAAAAAUCAUCAUACCUUUUGGCGAAGAUGAGUUGAAGAUUCCCAGAGAAACGACGGAGAAAGAAUCGCUCACACAGCAGAGAGGGUUUGGAUCACUAGGCGGGGGAGAAGAGAACGGGGAAAGGGGUGCACCCAUAGAAACAAGACCUACAAGAUAUUCGGAAGAGAGCAAUCAGCUUGCAGAGGAAAAGAUUGGACUUGUGAAGCCAAGAUGUCUGAAGGAAAGCUCGAAAUUGAACCAACAAAUUCGAGUGAACUCUGACCUUCUACUUCAAGUAAGACAACCUGAAACGGCUCGAACGUUUCCAGUAGCAACGCAGUAUUUGACUGUGACUACACCAGAAACACAAGUGAAACGAUUUCGAAUCCCAACCGGGGGGGAAAACACUGAUUUGUUUGUAGGACGGGAAAAUCAUCCCCCAAAGGCAAAGUCCACGGGGGCAUAUCGGUUCUCUUAUAAUCAGAGAGGGUUGUCCGAGUAUAACAAGGGAUUUGAUGGGAUACCUGAGGAUGAUGAUGAGCGGAGGAGGAAUUUAAAGAUUGGCGGUAAGGGUCUUCUGAAGGCCAGACUUGCACGUCAGGAAUCAGAACGAUUGCUCGAAGAUGAAUGCAAGAAAAGGGUCCAGUUCUUGGUCAACAACUCGCGGUGAUUCGCAUAACGAUUUGUGAGAAUCAAUUCAUAUUGAUUGUGCCUAAAU